AUGUAUAGGCAAAUCCUUGUAGAUCCCAAGUACUGCCAGUUCCAGCACAUCUUGUGGAGAGACUCGUCGCAAGAGAAAAUACGAGAGUACGAGUUGAAUACCGUUACCUACGGUGUWAGCACUGCACCUUUYUUGGCGUUAAGGGUUCUUCGGGAGAUAGCUACGGUCUAUGCUAAAARGUACCCUCGRGUCCAAGCAGCUCUUUUGACCCAGACUUACAUGGACGAUAUAUGUACUGGUGCGAACACAACAGAGGAAGCACAAGACCUCCAGUAUGAUCUUAUUUACGUUCUCAGUCAGUUCGGACUAGAAUUGAAGAAGUGGGCGAGUAAUAWACCUCAGCUUUUGGAUAAUAUUCCGCUCGAAGACCAGGCAAWUGGACCCCUUCCCUUCAAUGAUGACAAGACACUUCAAAUUCAAGUUCUGGGUUUGAAGUGGAAUCCAGCUGAAGACACCUUUAAUUACAAUGUUAGUUCGACCAAGUUCAUAUCUUCCAAACGUGCGAUGUUGUCAAUGAUCGCUCRGAUUUUUGAUCCGCUCGGCCUCUUGUCUCCGGUGAUUUUUUAUGCAAAGCAUCAGUUACAAUGUGCUUGGCAGGCGGGUAUUUCGUGGGAYGAGCGUCUUCCCCUAGACAUUGAGACAAAUUGGUCAUCUUUCGUCUCUGAACUUCCUCAGUUAUCGUCUAUYCAUGUUCCAAGAUUUAUUGGCGUAACACCGGAUUGUUGUUAUGAAUUAUGUGGAUUUUGUGAUGCUUCUGUCAAGGGUUAUGCCGCUGUUGUAUAUCUUCGAGUGACAGACAGCUCUGAUGUUGUCUCAAAUGCCCAUACUGCAAAAAAAGAGAGCAUGCUACUUCCAGCACCAACACCAGCACCAGCUGAAGAUGCGGCUGCGUUGGCUAAAAAAUACAACAAAGCAUCGAAAGCAGCAGCAACAACAACAGCA